CAAGUUACUAGACGCUUGCAACGCGAAAAUGCCGUCUUCUAAAGGAAGUAACUAUCGUUUACUUAAUAAUGGAAAAUACAAGUGUAUGCUGUGCUUUCAAGAACUGUCAUCGAAGCAACGUAUUUUAACACAUCUCCAGUCAAAUAAGCACGGACUAAGCCCUGUUAAGAGAGUGAAAAAGAGGUAUGUAGAUGAUUCUGCUAUUCCUGUUCCACGGUCAACAUUGCAUAGAUGGAAGAGAGAAAGGAAACAGAACAGCCAUAACUUCAAACAAAAUGAGACACAUGUUGCUGGUUUUAUGGUUUUCGAAGAUACUGAAGUAUACAAAUCAGAAGAUGAGGAUAGAAGAGAGCCAGAGCUGGAAGAUACUCCUAAUAUUGUAAAAGGAGUUAUCUCAGACAACACAUCUGGAAUUUCAGAUAAUUCUGUACUUCAACAGUCACCAGAAUUUGAUUUAGAAAACUGCUUAUCACCAUAUGAUUUAUCUCAACAAUAUGAUGCAUAUAGCACUGACUGUCAAGAAUUUUCUUCAAGUGACUGUGACAGCUUUAACUCAGAUCUUUCUGAUCGUUCAUCUGACAUAUAUUUUAAUAAUUCAGAUUCAGAUGACAGUGGUAAUGACCACAUCAGUGAAAAUGCAUAUGACCAUUCUGAAUUGUCUCAAAGGGAAUACCAAGCUCUUUCACUUUUAGCAUGUUUUUCACGACAUAAACUCUGUGAUAGUGCUUGUAAAGAUAUCCUAGAAACUUUUAAAAAUACUUUCUUUUCAGACGACUUAUCAGUCUUGAGCUUUAAUAAUCUAAUGUCAAGCAUAGGUCUUAAAACAGUAAGAGAGAUACAUUUUUGUACACUGUGCAAGAAUACUUACCCAAAGGACAACAAUAUAUUCCAGUGCCAAAGUCCAAACUGCAGUGGUCUACGUUACAAAGGCUCUCUGGAGUCUCAGACACAAAAAUCUCGACAACCAAGAGAUUGUUUUAUGUUUGCUGAUGUCAAAAUGCAGCUUGUGACACUUUUAGAAACACCAGGAAUUUUUGAGGACAUACAAGCCACUAAAGAAGAUGCUUUCAUUAGGUAUGAGUCUGGAUCAACUACUAUCACUGAUAUAAUGGAUGGAUCUUUAUACAGAUCUAUGAUGGGAGAGAAUGGUUUUCUUAAUAGGACAAGCAACAAUUUAACUGGUAUCUUCAACACAGAUGGUGUGAACCUCUUUUCAUCUUCCAAAAUAGAUUUAUGGCCAAUAUUUUUAGCUAUAAAUGAAUUAAGUCCUCAGAAGCGCUUUGCACGCGAAAAUAUUAUCCUUGUUGGAAUAUGGCAGGGAAAAGGAAAACCUCCUUUUAAUUCGUUCUUUAAAGAAUUUGUUGAGCAAAUGAAUUCCAUUUACGAAGAAGGUGUUCAAGUGAUGAUUGAUGGAAAUUCAUUCAAUGUGAAACUUUCAGUUAUCUGUUGUGUUACAGAUUUGCCAGCAAAAGCAGAGUUAUUUAAUAUGUCAUAUUUUAAUGGAACAUAUGCAUGUAUAAAAUGUGAAGAAAUGGGAAUGACAGUGAAACAAGGUAAAGGAUAUGCAAAAUGUUACCCAUAUAGGAAUAAAAACAUUCGAAGCAGAGCAAGAAAUCAAGAUUCUGUGAUACAGCAUAUGCUUUUGGGGUCACCAAACAAUCGCUCUAAAGGUUUCAAGGGGCUUUCUAUUCUGUCGCAGUUGAAGAAUUAUGAUAUAGUACAAGGAACAGUGCCAGAGUACAUGCACGGUAUAUUACUAGGUGUCACAAAGACAUUAUUGACAAAAUGGUUUUCUUCAUCAGAGAGUAAAUGUGACUAUUUCAUAGGGGAUCAUUUAAAAGAAAUCUCAGAAAGAAUGGAAAAUCUUAAGCCCCCAGAACAUAUAGAGCGUCUUCCAAGAGACCUGGAAAGGAACUAUAAUCAUUUUAAGGCAACUGAGUUGCAGUCCUGGCUAUUAUAUUACGCAUACCCUUGUAUAAAGGAUUUUCUUAAAGAUGAGUUUAUGGAGAAUUUUUCAUACCUGUCAGAAGCUGUCUUUAUUCUCCUGAGUGAUUACAUUACUGAAGAAAUGCUUCUCAAAGCAACAGAUCUCCUUGAUAAAUUCUAUGCAACCUUCCAACACUUAUAUGGUGAUGGAUCAUGUGGACUGAAUGUCCACAACACUGGCAUUCAUCUUUCAGAAUCUGUUACUCAUUUGGGACCAAUUUGGGCAUGGAGUUCAUUCCCAUUUGAAGACGUAAAUGCUGCUCUUCUCCAGGAUGUUCAUGGUAAAAGAACUGUUUUAAAACAAGUCUUCAAACACAUUCAAAUUCGGUCAUACAUUCGCAAAAAAGGUCUGGAGCUGAAAAGAAAAGAUUACAGGAAAAUAACUUUCUCGGCACUUAAUUGCGAUAUUGCUGGCGCGGCAAAAUUAUUAAAACCAAACGAAAUUGAAAGCCAUGUGAGACAAGCAUUAAAGAUUGACUUUACUAGUAACAUCAAAAUUAAAAAAGUUCAUAGAAUCAUUUUAAAUGACAGAAGAUUUUAUUCUGAAGAAUACAGCCGUAUGCAGAAAAGAAUAUGUAGUGUAGUAAUGUAUGGAGACUAUUCAAUUGGAUCUAUCAAAUACUUUAUUGUUUAUGACAAUCUUGUUUAUGCUGUUAUACAGAAAUUUCAGAAAAUACCUGUUGCACAAAUCCAAGGGAAUGCAAGGGUUCCCAAUCAAUACACUGCUGUUAGACGUACUGAACUUAUUUCUGUGGUAGAUGUUGUUCAGCUAAAAAAUGUACUCGUGUAUUUAAAUAUCGAAAAAAACGAGAGUGUUGCAAAUAUCAACGGAAACUAUCCAUAUGUAGUGCCUGUGCCUAAUAUGUAUGGGCAUGCUUUAUUUAAAUAAAUUUGUUAGUAAACUUUUUAUGCAGUGUGACUACAUUUUGAAACCUAUUGAUACUUAUCCUUUCUUAGACUAUGUUCAGGAUAUUGGUCUGUAAUAGAAGAGUAGAUGUCUGCACAAAAUAUCCUUUUCAAAAUAUUAAAAGGGAAAUAACUUUAAAGUGAAAAAGCAACAUGAAUUAUCUCCUCAUAAUGUACAUUUAUAAAUCCUAUAAAACUUUAUACUAUGACCAAACUUAAGACAGGAUCUGAUGUUCUUUUUUUCAAGAACAAUAUAAGAACAU